GCCUCCGCCGCUGGAGCCUGGAGGUAACCGAGCUCCGGUUGGUAAGCCAAACUCGCCCGCCCGCUUGGUCGGUUCCUUCCGUUUGAUUCGUCCUGAGAUCUGAGGCAUCGUGUCCUUUUUUUUCCCUCCGCGUCCAUGGGGCAGAGGAUUCCGGAGGGGUCUUGUGGUGAGUCCGAGCCCGGGCGGCGGCGGCGUUGGAUGGAGAUGGAGGCUUCGGUGGUGCCACCGAGGGCGGCCGGCGGGCGGAGGUACAAGGCGCUCGCGACUUGGCGCUUCCAGCCCGGCUUCGUCAGGCGGCCGGUCAAGGACGCCACCGCGCCCAACGGUGGCGGCGGCAGUCCCGUGGGGGCCGUCCCGGGCGCGAAAUUUUGUGGAUCGGGUGCGGCGCCGACCGUCGGCAAGAGCGGGGGAUUCGGUGGAGGGGAGCGGCAAUCAAGGAGAUGCACACGCAGUGCGAGUGUGAAGAACCCUGGUGUGGAUGAUGUGGAGAAUGGCGACCGCCCUGGAUCCGGAUAUGUCUGUGAUUUGAGCAAGUCCGGCAGCAAUGGCAUUGUGGAAGGCUCCCCAUUGAAAGGUACUGGAAAUAGUGGCGGUGCCGGUGUUGGCGGAGCUAGAGAGGACUACAAUUCGGGAAGGUCCAAUUGCAAUGGCAGUGUGAAGGAUACUGAUAUGCAGGAUCUUAGGGGUACCGGUGGCAGCAGCGUUUCUGGAGCUUGUGACCCUAUGGGGGUUGAGAGCAAUGUAGGAGUGGAGAAUUGUGUUUCUGAGGUUUUGAAGAAGUCUGUGAAUGGGACUGGGUCAAAGAGCUAUGGCUCUUCUGCUUCAGAUAGCAGGUUGGAGGACCCGAAAGGAAAUGGUGGGUUGGGAGAUUCGGCUAGCCACACUGCAAAGCCGUGUAGCAUGGGAGAUGGGGCUGCCAAUGUGAGCAACAAAGCAGCCAAAGGUUGCAGCGUGGCAGGUCCUGGCAGCAAUGGUAAUGAAAUGUAUUGCCGCAAGGGGCGGAAGGUAGUCGUACCAUGGAGGUUCCAGGUCGGGUACAAGCGAUCAUUCUCCAAAGCUUUUGACUCCGAUAAUGGAUCUCCUGAUCUUCCAGCAUAUAGGGUUGAGGACAGUUCAACACAGUGCACUCCAGCUACUAGAAGUACUGUGCGGUGUUAUGCAAGUGCUCAUUCUGGUGUUAGAGUUUCAGCUAUGUGUGACUUCUCCUCAGUGAAAGGUCAGAAGGAGACCGGUACUGCAUAUAAGAAGAGGAAAACUAACAAUGAUCAUCAUGAUAAAGCGAUGCCAAUUAAUGGAAGUGUUAUUGCUAGAGAAAGCGUUAUGCGAUCUCUGCAGGAUUUCCGAUUAAUUUAUCGGGAGCUUUUAGAUGAAGAAGAAGACAAUUUGAGGGAGGCAGUGCUUAACCAGCGGCCUGAUCUACAGGCUUACAAAAUGUUCAGGGAGCGGUUCUCCAUGGAGUGUGAUGAUAAGAAAUAUAUUGGCAAUGUGCCUGGAAUCCAUGCUGGCGAUAUCUUUCAUUUGAGAGUAGAGCUUUGUGUUGUCGGUCUCCAUCGCCCUCACAGGGUAGGUGUUGAUUAUAUUAAGAAAGAUGAUGGGACUUGUAUAGCUGUUAGCAUUGUGUCAUAUGCACAAUCUUCUGAUGUCAAGAAUAAUUUAGAUGUCUUAGUGUUUUCUGGAUCAGCGGCAGUUACAGGCAAUCGGAAGAUAGAGGGUACCAACCUGGCACUAAAGAAGAGUAUAGACACUAAUACACCAGUCCGUGUUAUCCAUGGGUUCAUCACUCAUUUUAAUAAAAACUGCCGAAAGAAGAAAUUUCCUACUUAUAUAUACGGGGGUUUAUAUCUAAUUGAGAAGUACUGGAGGGAGAAAGAGUGUGAAGACCGUUAUGUAUAUAUGUUCCAACUGAGGAGAAUGGAAGGGCAGAAAUACAUUGAUAUCAAAGAAAUUCUAAAUACAGGAAAGGCUGAAUCAAAUGAUGGCAUUAUCAUGAAAGAUCUAUCCCAAGGAUUGGAGAGGAUCCCUAUAUCUGUUGUUAACUCGAUAUCUGAUGAGUACCCAAUGCCCUAUCGCUACAUUUCACGCCUUCGAUAUCCCCGUAACUAUCAGCCAACUCCUCCAACAGGUUGUGGAUGUGUUGGUGGAUGCUCAGACUCAAAAAAGUGUGCAUGUGCAGUGAAAAAUGGUGGGGAGAUCCCUUUCAAUGAUAAAGGCCGUAUCGUAGAAGCAAAACCUCUUGUUUAUGAGUGUGGACCUUCUUGCGAGUGCCCUCCUUCAUGUCAUAAUAGAGUUGGCCAACAUGGCAUCAAAUUUCGGCUGCAAGUCUUCAAAACAAAAUCAAUGGGUUGGGGAGUGAGAACUCUUGAUUUCAUACCAUCUGGAAGCUUUGUAUGUGAAUAUAUAGGGGAAGUGUUGGAGGAUGAAGAGGCACAAAAAAGGACCACUGACGAGUACUUAUUUGGUAUUGGUCACAAUUAUUAUGAUGAAUCACUUUGGGAGGGCCUAUCAAGAUCUAUACCCUCACUUCAGAAGGGUCCGGAUAAAGAUGACGAAGCUGGCUUUGCUGUUGAUGCAUCUGAGAUGGGGAACUUUGCAAAAUUCAUCAAUCAUAGUUGCACCCCCAACCUCUAUGCGCAAAACGUCCUCUAUGAUCAUGAUGACAAGAGUGUACCUCAUAUCAUGUUCUUUGCCUGUGAUGAUAUUCGACCCCAUCAAGAACUAGCAUACCACUACAACUAUACAAUAGAUCAGGUUCAUGACGCCUAUGGUAAAAUCAAGAAGAAAAAAUGCCUUUGUGGCUCUGUUGAGUGCGAUGGCUGGUUGUAUUAGGUUUAGAAUGUGCAAUUUCUUGAUGAAUAAUUGGACUUGUUUCAUUGAAUCUGCUUCUAGCUUAUUUUAUGUCUAGAAAAAUAAAAUGUACAUCGAUGUGUUGGUUUCCGAUGUGUUCAAGGUUUUCCUUCUUUCCCCAACCUGCUAUUCGUAAAUAAAAAAUCUGUUUGCUUGGUA